AUGGAUAGUUUAACUAGUGAUAUUUGUGAAUUAGAAGACUGUAUAAACAUAAAUGAUUUCGUGAGUAAAAUACCCAGCAAACAUUUAAAUCUGUUGUGUGUACACAUAAAUAUAAGGUCAAUCAUAAAAUAUUUUGCUAGCCUCGAGCAAUGUAUAUAUGCGGCUAACACUAUUGACGUUAUUGUUGUUACAGAGGUUAACAUUUCUGAUAGAAUCAGUUGUUUGUACAAUUUAAAUGGAUAUCAAAUGUUCUCAGCGCUCAGAAACAGUAGGAAAGGUGGUGGUAUCUUAGUUUAUGUAAAAAAGAAACAUAAAUUUAGUAUACAAAUUGUAAAAAGCCAACAUUUCGAGAAUAUACUCUUUACCAUCACAACUCAGACGAAAUACACUGCGCAUAUUUGUGCUAUUUACCGCCCACCUAGCCUAAGCAAGAGCCUGUUUAUUGACGAACUUCAUAAUAUCAUUAAGAGUAACUGCCAGAAAAAUAUAGACUUGUAUCUAUUGGGGGACGUUAAUAUAAACCUAAAGCUAGACAUUCCUAUAAAACAUAAAUAUUGCAACACAUUACACAGUUUAGGCCUUAUGUGUGGGAUCACAACAUACACUAGGGCAGAACUAUACAAAGGAAUCGUUACAAAAUCAUGCAUAGAUCACAUAUACGCUCGAUCCCAAACACACGACCUAUACACUGCAGCGGUUGGCACAAAACUAGCGGACCAUCGAGCGAUCGUGCUCGCUUGCACUAAAGCACAGCUACAGGAUGUUCCAACAUAUAAAACAUUAAUUGACAAAAAUAAAUUAACGACCCUUCUAGAGCAAAUUGAUUGGAAGCCGACAGUAGAAAUGACGUGUCCUAUUGGCAUAUACAACUUCAUACAAAAUAACAUAACUCAAGCAUAUAAAAAAUCAGAAUAUACAGUUAAACUUAAAUCUAACACUCAUCGAAACAGUAACCAUUGGAUUAAUAAUAGAAUUAUUAUAGCAUGUCAUUACAGAGAUAAACUUUUUACUCAAUAUAUAAAAGAUACAAACAACUUAAUACUAAAACAAAAAUAUAAUAAAACCAGAAAUUAUGUCAAUAAAUUAAUAAAUAAAACUAAAAAUAAAACACUUAGAACCAAUAUAGAAGCUAAUAAAAACAAUCUAAAAAAUCUAUGGGAUAUAUUAAAUCAAUUAACAGGAAAAAUUAAAACAUCCAUUGACGUAGCAAUACAAAACUCAUUUGAAAAUCAAAAUGUUACGUGUAAAGAUAUUGCAAAUAAUUUUGCAACUACCUUCCACAAUAGUAUCAGUAAUGUUGCAACCAACUGUGCAAUUCCACUGUUGGAUACAAGUUUAUACCGGCGAGCAGAAAAUACUAGUAUGAGAUUUCAGUCAGCAGACCCUAAAUCUAUCGCAAAGAUAAUAAAAUCAUUAAACGACAAAAAAUCUCCAGGCGCAGAUAGAAUACGAACUAUUGACAUUAAAAUGUUAUGCAAUAAAAUAAACGUAGCCAUAGCUAAUCUUAUUAACACGAGCAUUUACACUGGACAGUAUCCUAAUUUAUUAAAAACAGGUAUAGUACGACCAAUAUACAAAAAUGGUAGCAAAAAAAACUAUAAUAAUUAUCGUCCAAUAACUAUACUGCCAACAAUCAACAAAAUAAUUGAAAAAUAUAUAUGUGGACAAAUCCAAAGUUAUUAUAAAAAACACAAUAUUCUUUCUAACAAACAAUACGGAUUUCAACCAAAUAAAAACACAACACAAUUACUAUCCGCAUUCACAGAUCUUAUUUAUAAGCACUUAAAUAAAAAGGAUCAUGUCCUGGUAGUGUUUAUUGAUUAUAGUAAGGCAUUCGACACAUUAAGGCACAGCGUAAUCCUACAAAACCUAAAUGACUGCGGAGUACGAGGAAACCUGCUCAAGUGGUGUGAAAACUAUCUGCAAGAUAGAACUUAUCGUGUUAAAGUGUGCAACGAAGAAAGUUUCCCAAUAUCCAUAACAGAAGAUAUUCCAAUUUGCAGACGAUACAUGCCUAGUAGCCGCUGGGGCUAACAUACAAGAAGCAGAAACAAAGCUGCAAGCUGAUUUUGAUGCAUUGGCUGAAUGGUCCCACGACGUGGGACUUGUACUAAAUCCGGGUAAAACAAAGUUCAUGCAUAUCCGAUCCAGUCGCAAUCUGGGCGCACGUGCACCCCACUUAGUCUUGCACAACCACAUUUGUGCACAUUCCAGUAAAUCGUACCCCAUCAACUGUAACUGCAACGCCUUAGAAUUAGUUCAUGGCCACAGGUACCUGGGGCUUGUAAUAGAUGACCGAAUGUCCUGGAAAAUGCAUAUUAAUUCUGUCUGUGAAAGGCUAAGAGCGAUACUUGCCAAAUUCACUAUAAUAAAAAAUAAAAUACCUCUCAAUACUCUGCUACUGCUAUACAAAGCACUAGCAGAAUCUAUUAUAACAUAUGGACUUUCAAGCUAUGGGAGAACAUGCAAAACCUAUCUUAAUCAAAUAUUUUCAUUACAAAUACGUAUUUUAAAAGCAAUUGCUCCUUACAAAAUAAAAUCACAAUAUAAAGAAGACUAUAGAAAGCUAUUUGCAUUUUUUAAAAUUAUACCUAUACAAGAGAAAGUGCAGCUAGCAUUAUUAAAUGAAAACUAUUUUACAGACAAUUACCUUAAAACAACUAAAACUCACUAUCACUAUACAACACGUAGAAAAUUAAAAAACGAUUUUCUUUUACCAAAAUACAAUAAUUUAUAUGGGAAAAAAACAUUAGACUAUAUUAUUCCAAAUCUAUUAAACUCUUUACCGGCUGCGCUAUUUGCUAAUGUAACAGGAAACAAUAUCAAAUUUAAAUUAAAAAAUUACUUUAUAAGUCAAACAAUAACAAAUUAUGCAUAACUAAAAGUAGGAUGUCGUCAUUUAGUUCAUGUUCGAAUAUGUAAAUUCGAAUACACAUCCUGUAUUCGAAUGAGAAUUUCUCGUCAAGAACAGGUUUCUUGCAUCGGCUGUGGAGCGUCAUUGUUUCAAUUGGUUUAUGUUGUUCGUGCAAUUUUUAUGGUUUAUUGGUGGGGGUGUUAUAUUGUAUAGUGUGUCACUGGCCUGAGUGUGUAAUAGAUUAAUUAUUUUAAUUAUUUAAAUAUUUUCGACGACCUGGUGGACGGAAAAACUGUGUCCAGUUUGUGUUUCCACCACGCCAACUUUUUUCUAUUUAGGAUGAUGUAUAGAAUAAAUAAAUAAA